AUGUUUCGAUUGUCCACACUUGCUGGCCGUUGCGGGGCUCUUCGGUUGAACGUGAUCCAAACUGCAGCAAUGGCUUCUGCUCCUGAAAUGAUCAAAGUGGAAAAAGUUGGCGCCAAAGAAGAACGUCGCUCUCAUAACCUGUCCACAUCGUUGCGAGAACUGGAUGAAGAUACUUCAGUUGGCGCCAUUGUCCUCACAGGAAACCAGAAAGCUUUUGCUGCGGGAGCAGAUAUCAAAGAAAUGGUCAAUCGGGAGUUCGCCACAACAUUCCAAGGUCGUUUUCUUGAGGAGUGGACGGCCGUGAGCGAGACGGCGAAACCCGUCAUUGCCGCUGUAAACGGGUACGCCCUUGGUGGCGGAUGUGAACUGGCCAUGAUGUGUGACAUUAUCUACGCUGGUGACAAAGCACAGUUUGGACAACCUGAAGUCAACAUUGGCACCAUUCCUGGAGCUGGUGGAACCCAACGUUGGGCUCGUGUCGCCGGUAAAUCCAUGGCAAUGGAAGUCUGUCUGACA